AUGGCCCCCUCGGUUCUUCUACCUUAUAUUUACGGAUUAGAUUUGUCGAAAAAUGAAUUCGGAGAUGCACAGCAAUUUCCAAUCCCGAUACAAGAAAUGUGUAAUCUGCGCUGGUUAGAAUUAAAUCGAACAAAUAUCAAUCGUCUACCAGAAUUCAUUGGACAUCUUCAAUCUCUCGAAACAUUGAGUUUAGCCCAUAAUGAUCUACCAGAAGUGCCUUUAUGUUUGAACGAUUUAACAUCAUUACGUUCAUUAACAUUACGAGACAAUCAUGUGUCGAACCCACAAAUUUCGGCAAGAUUAUUUGAUAUACCUGACCUAUCGAUACUAGAUUUAAGUCGAAACAAUCUUCAUGCAUUUCCAAAAGAUAUUGAAAAUGCCAAGGGUCUGAUUGUUCUUAAUCUUUCAUCAAAUCACAUCGAACAAAUUCCCAACCAUGUGUUCGUUUCACUUUUUGAAUUAGUACAUCUAAACUUAAGUGAUAAUAAAAUCGACACAUUGCCAGCACAAAUGCGUCGAUUAACAUCGUUACAAGUAUUAAUUUUAAACAAUAAUCCACUCGUGCACGCACAACUUAGACAAUUGUCAUCCAUGCAUUCACUUGAAACUCUUCAUUUGAGUAAUACCAAACGAACGUUAAACAAUGUUCCAGCUAUACUUGAACAGUUACCUAAUCUCUCUGAUCUUGAUCUAUCAGCAAAUGAUCUUCCGGCUGUCCCGGAUGUUGUAUAUAAAUUGAAAGCAUUGAAACGAUUGAAUUUGAAUGAUAAUCAAAUCACAGAAUUAACUGCUCAAUCAGAUGGAUGGCCUCAACUGGAAAUCUUACAAAUAUGUCGAAAUAAUUUGAAGAGUCUUCCACAACAAUUGAUGCGUUGCACAAAAUUACGACGUCUCUAUUUGAAUAGUAAUCAAAUCAAUCUUCAUGGUUUGCCGCGAGGAAUCUUCAAUCUCGAACAACUAGAAGUAUUCAGUGCCGCAGAUAAUAAUUUAGAAACAAUUCCUGAUGCAUUAUGUCGAUUAGGAAGUUUGAAAGUCUUAAAUUUGAAUAAGAAUAGAUUAUUGACAUUACCGGAAGCGAUUCAUUUCCUACAAUUAAAAGAACUUGAUGUUGGUGAAAAUCCAGAUUUUGUUAUGCCGCCUAAACCAAAAGAAUGUCAAAAGGGCUCUGGUCCGGCGUUCUACAACAUUGAUUUUUCUCUUGCAAAUCAAUUAAAACUAGCUGGACAAGUUGCUCCUGAACAGUCACCUGCUAGCACGGAUAUUCAACAAAAGCGUGCAGCACGUAUUCGCCGUUUAAAUAAACCCGAACAGCGAAAUCCAGCGGGCAGCGGUGGCUCAUCCGAAACGGUUCUACGUGGUAUGCGAGAGACAGCAAAACGUAAACAUGCACUAGAUUCAAGUUUGGGCAACAAUGGUCAUUAUAAUGAUGACGAAGAAAUAGCCGGGCGCCGCUGGGAUGAACAAAUUGAACGACCCCAAUUGAACUAUAGUGAAUUUUUUGAUGAUGCUGCCGGCCAAUGCGCUGGUAUAACCUGUUGGGAAAUCGAAAACUUUCUUCCCAAACAAUUAGAACGUCAAUUAAAUGGAACAUUUUAUACAGGAGAUUGCUACAUUGUCUUGUACACUAUGGUAGAAUUAUCAGGUAAUAUGGAUUGGCAAAUCUUCUUUUGGAUUGGGAAAGAUGCGACGUUGGACAAACAAGCAUGUGCAGCAAUGCAUGCUGUGAAUUUACGUAAUAUGCUUGGUGCGUCUUGUCGUACACAACGUGAAGAACAAGCAGAUGAAUCUGAAGAAUUCUUAGCGUUGUUUAACAAUCAUCUACGAGUAAUUGAUGGUGCUAGAACAGAAACAGGAUUUUGGGUUGUACGAGAUGUUGAACACCCAAUACGUUUUUAUCGUGCUAGUGGCACUCAAAAACUCCAUGUUGAACUUGUCUCUGCAAGUGCAACAUCUCUUGAUUCUCGCUAUGUGUUCUUUCUUGAUGUUGGACCUAAACUUUACAUAUGGAUUGGCAAAAAAUGUCAUAGUAUGACAAAAGCCAAGACAAGAUUAUUUGUUGAAAAAGUGAACAAAAGUGAACGAAAGGGUUUGAGCGAAUUAAUUCAAAUCAAUCAAGGAGAUGAAACAGACGCGUUCUGGAAAGAAUUAGGUGGUAAACCAGCUAAUUACCAACUAGUUAAUCAUGUACCAGAUAAUUUUGUCCCACCAAGAUCUAUUCUGUAUAAAGUUGAUCUUGGACAAGAAUUUAUUGAGUUACCUCAAGUUGAACUUGAACCUGGCGGUGCUUUGAAGAAAGAAUUAUUACAUACACGAAAUAUUUACAUACUUGAUUGUUACACGGAGUUAUUCGUUUGGAUUGGUAAAAAAUCAGCACGCCUUGUCCGAAUGGCUGCCACGCGAUUAGCAGUUGAAUUAUUGGCCAUGAUUAGACGACCAGAACAUGCUGCAAUUACAAAAACAUUAGAAGGAGUGGAAACCCAAGUAUUUAAAUCUAAAUUUGAUGCAUGGGAUGAUGUCCUAGCAGUUGAUUUCACUCGUACAGCUGACAAUGUUUCGAAGAAGGGAGCCGACAUGAAGAAAAUUCUUCAAGACAACGAAAUCAAAACAAAUCUCACCGCUCUAUUUAAAAACCGCCCACCAUGGCAGUCUCGUGCUGCAGCUCAUGAAGCGCUUGAAGAUUGGAAUAUAUUUCUCCUUCAACCAUUUUCCAUGUUUGUUUACGAAAAUAAAAAAUUCGUCAAGUUACCAGAUGAUGAACGAGGACAAUUCUAUUCGCACGAUUCUUAUCUGUUUGUUGCUCGUUAUUUAUUGCCAAGCGAAGAUGAAAACAUGGAUAUAAGUGAACUUGAAGACGAGAUCAAAGAUUCCGAUACUGAACGUAUCGUUUAUUUUUGGCAAGGAAGAAGUGCAAACAAUACAGCUUGGUUAUCAUUUAAUUACACUUUCAAACAAGAACUAAUCGAUGUUCUGGGAGAUUUUGAAAUUGUUCAAUUGAUUCAACAACAAGAAAAUCAAAGAUUCAUGGCACAUUUCAAUCGAAAACUUAUUAUACAUAAUGGUAAACGUCGUACUGCAGCACAGCGUGCACAGAUACCGAUACAACGACUGACUCAAACACAAAUGUAUCACAUACGUUGGUGCUAUUCGACAAUCAUGACACGUUGUAUUCAAGUUGAAGCAACAUCCGCUAAUCUUUGUUCGGAAUUUUGUUACAUCGUUACUGUUCCACUGGAUUCAGGAGAUAUCAUUGGAAUUGUUUAUGUGUGGAUAGGCAAUUCUGUUCAUCCUGAUGAUGCACUAUUAGCACAAGAAAUUGCUAAUGAAAUGUAUAAUGAUUCGUAUACAAUUCAAGUGAUCAAUGAGGGGAAUGAACCAGAAAACUUCUUCUGGGUUGGCCUAGGUGAUCGUUUACCAUAUGAUACAUCUGCAGAUUAUAUGCGUUACAUGCGUUUAUUCAAAUGUUCGAAUGAAAAUGGAUUUUUCGUUGUUACAGAAAAAUAUGCCGACUUUUGUCAAGAUGAUUUACUUGAUGAUGAUUGCAUGUUACUUGAUACUGGAACGUAUGUUUUCCUAUGGAAAGGACCAACUGCAAGCAUCAUUGAAGUUAAAUUUGCAGCCAAAAGUGCCGAACUUUAUAUUCAACAUUUACGCACACGUGAACCUGAUCGUCCACGUAAAUUACGUUUAACUGUGAAGAAUUCUGAGCCUAUUGAAUUUCGUAAAUGCUUCCACGCUUGGUCGAAACACAAGAAUCCACCUCGUGAACUUGAAAAACAAAAUGCUUACUCUAUUGCUCAACAACAAAAGCAGCAGCCACAAGCAAAACAAGCACCAAAAAAACCUCAUGUAUCAAACAUUUUCGUCUAG